AUGCCGAUGAAACUGAAGGCCAACCAUGCGUCGAUUGGGAACAAAGUGGUCACCUUGAAGGAGGACGAACCCUCGGUUUUUGACCUUCUUGGUGCCUGUGGUGUCGAAAAUGUCAGCAGCAUCAGGUUUGGUUACCCACCUAGCACGCUGCCCAUCACUGAUGCAAACCUGGAAACCAAGCUGGACGAUCUGGGGGUUCAGACGGGGGAACGGAUAGUGCUUGAAACCGGGGACAGCAGAGGCGCAGUUAUGAGCCCCCCCGCAGCUCCUACGAAACCGCAUUUACAGAUCCACAAGAUUCCGGACGACAACUCAUGUCUGUUCCACAGCGUAUCAUACUGCAUAUACAGGGAUCUGACGUGGAGUGCCUCGUUGAGGCAGAUUGUGUCCGAUGUGGUUGUGGCGAACCCUCAGGAGUACACCUCGGCGAUAUUGGACAAGCCAAACCGUGAAUACAGCCAGUGGAUACUGCGGUCUGAUUCAUGGGGGGGUGGUAUUGAGAUCAGCAUCCUUGCGAAGAGGCUCGCUACCGCGAUAUACGUGGUUGACAUGGACUCUCUGAACGUGGACAAGUUCCUCGAGGCCGAGUUCGACAAGUUCAUCCUCAUCAUGUUUAAUGGUAUCCACUACGAUGCAAUUGAGAUGAGCGAUGGACGUACCGUGUUUGAUAAAACCGGGCAGGACGAACUUAUCGCUGAGAGUCUCGCAAUAGCCUCGGAGUUGAAGCGCACGGGUCAUUCGUUCAACACACAUGUAGCCAAGAUCAAGUGCAACACGUGUGGUGACGUUUUCGUUGGCGAGAGGGCUGUUUCGAAACAUGCAGAGUCCACGGGUCACACGAAUUUUGGCCAAACAUGA